UGUUUUCUCAGCACGUUUCUAAUACAACAUCCUUAUAUCCUCACAACAGGCUCGUCAUGGGGAACAAGACAUUAAUGCUUAAUCCUGUUUACCAGAAGUACGCUGGUCUUCAAACCCUUCCUGUCAACACUCCAGAGUUGCAGGAAGAUACUACUAAUCCGGGCUGCUAUACGGUCUACAACGGAGAACUGUUUUGCCGGGCUCUUUGGGAUAGGACUGAGAAACAGUCAAUGUGUGGGAAGAAGUUUAGUGAUAGAGGUGCUGUUAUCUACCAUCUAAAAUCUUUCCACAAAGACUAUCCACCAGCCCCUAAGCAGACUGGUCGUUCAACGCAUGCCUCUGAACAAACCGCGCUUAGGUUCUAUCGGUCACUCUUCUCCCCACCGCAACCCGUUCCAAACACGUUAACAGUACGUUCAGCUAGAGAGGGUGAAACAGAUGGCGAAGGGCAUGUAGACAUGGAAGAUCCCCCAAGGGAUAAACCAGUAGCUGAGGGACCUGGGGUUGAGGAGACUGAGGUUGAGGGAAAUGAGGACGAGGGGGCUGAGGAGCCCGUUGGUUUAGAACGCGUUGCAAAUACGUUGGAGAGAGAUUCUCUUGCUCAGCCUUCUAGGAGAAAGCGAAAGCGGACACUAUCUACCACAGCAAAUGCAAAGAGGACUAGGGCUGCUCACGCAGCAAAGGAUGUGCUGCCUCCUCUCCCGCUGUACCUGGCUAGCAACGCCAAGAGAGGCCAAGUAAAGAACGAGGUGAACUAUAAAAAAUGUCUCCACAUUCUGAGGGCAAAAGGUCUAUCUACUCUCUGUCAGAAAUGCGCGAAGGGGGGCUUUGUCCAGUGUCAAUUUGGGGAGCACUGUCAAAGUUGGAAUCAGUUUCAGAAGCGAGCAGAGGUGUGAUCAGAGGAGACAUCUAUUCGUUCAAGAAAAU